CCUUGGCCUUCAUCCUGAGAGGUCUCUGGUGGCAACUGGUCAGGUAGGGAAGGAACCCUACAUCUGUGUGUGGGACACCUUCAGCGUACAGACCAUCUCUGUCCUCAAGGAUGGACACUCCCAUGGGGUGGCCUGCCUGGCCUUCAGCGCGGAUGGACAGCGGCUGGCCUCUGUGGGGCUGGAUGGCAAAAAUACAGUGUGUGUUUGGGACUGGAAGAAAGGAAAGAUACUGGCCACUGCGACAGGACAUUCAGACAGGAUCUUCGAUGUAUCCUGGGAUCCCUUUCAGCAGAACCGGCUGGUGAGCUGUGGGGUAAAGCACAUCAAGUUCUGGGCUCUUUGCGGGAACGCCUUGACGCCCAAACGGGGGAUAUUUGGGAAGACAGGGGACCUACAGACCAUUCUGUGUGUGGCGUCGGCUAAAGAUGAUGUCACGUACUCUGGGGCGUUGAAUGGGGAUAUCUACGUGUGGAAAGGACUGAACCUUAUGCGCACGGUGCAGGCUGCUCAUGGGGCUGGGAUCUUCAGCAUGUAUGCCUGUGAGGAGGGCUUCGCCACGGGGGGACGUGACGGCUGUGUCAGGCUCUGGGACGUGGACUUCAAGCCUAUCACCAAGAUCGACCUUCGGGAGGCUGAGCAGGGGUAUAAAGGGCUGUCUAUCCGUAGUGUGUGUUGGAGGGCAGACCGUAUCCUGGCGGGGACGCAGGACAGUGAGAUCUUUGAGGUGAUGGUUCGGGACAGAGACAAGCCUCUGCUCAUCAUUCAGGGUCACUGUGAGGGAGAGCUCUGGGCUCUGGACGUCCACCCCAAGAAACCGCUCGCUGUGACUGGCAGUGACGAUCGGUCUGUACGGUUGUGGAGCCUGGCAGACCACACCCUGAUAGCUCGCUGUAACAUGGAAGAGGCUGUCCGCAGUGUGGCCUUCAGCCACGAUGGCUCUCAGCUCGCUCUGGGCAUGAAGGACGGCUCCUUCACCGUGCUCCGAGUCAGGGACAUGACGGAGGUGGUACACAUUAAAGACAGGAAGGAGGUGAUUCAUGAGAUGAAGUUUUCUCCGGAUGGCAGCUACCUGGCCGUGGGCUCUAAUGAUGGCCUGGUGGAUGUGUACGCCAUGGCACAACGCUAUAAGAAGGUGGGUGAGUGCAACAAGUCCUCCAGCUUCAUCACCCACCUGGACUGGUCCAUCGACAGCAAGUUCCUCCAGAGCAACGACGGGGCGGGAGAACGCUUCAUCUACAGGAUGCCAAUUGGGAAGCACCUGACCACUAAGGAGGAGGUGAAAGGGAUCCACUGGAGCUCGUGGACGAGUGUGAUUGGUCCAGAGGUGAGUGGGAUCUGGCCCAAGUACACCAACAUCAGUGACGUCAACUCUGUGGACGCCAACUACAGCAGCGCCGUGCUGGUUACUGGAGACGACUUCGGCCUGGUCAAACUGUUCCGCUUCCCCUGCCUAAAGAAAGGUGCAAAAUUCAAAAAGUACAUUGGCCACUCAGCCCACGUUACCAACGUGCACUGGUCUCACGACCUGCAGUGGGUGUUGACCACUGGUGGGGCUGACCACUCUGUGUUCCAGUGGAAGUUCCUGCCUGAGGGCAUCAUGAACGGAGGACUGAAGACCAGUAUACCACAAGAUGGCCAUGCAGACUCCAACAGUGAGGAGUCUGACUCUGACGUGUCUGAUGUCCCGGAGCUGGACUCUGAUAUCGAGCAGGAGACCCAGAUCAACUACGACCGACAGGUGUAUAAGGAGGACCUUCCCCAGCUUAGGCUGCAGAGCAGAGAGAAGAAGCAGCAGGUCGGCUCCCUGAAGCGCCAGAGAGGCCCAGACGAAGCCCUUCGUCUAAAGUUUGUCCACGGGUACCGUGGCUACGACUGCAGAAAUAACCUGUACUACACCCAGGCUGGGGAGGUGGUGUACCAUGUAGCGGCGGUGGGUGUGGUCUACAACAGAGAGCAACACAGUCAGCGGUUUUACCUGGGCCACGAUGAUGACAUCCUUAGUCUGACUGUACACCCACUCAAAGACUAUGCAGCCACUGGACAGGUUGGCAGGGACCCAGCCAUCCAUGUGUGGGACAUCCAAACCCUGAAGUGCUUCUCCCUGCUCAAGGGCUUUCACCAGAGAGGAGUGUGUGCUCUUGACUUCUCUGCGGAUGGGAAGAGCCUGGUCUCAGUGGGCAUUGAUGACCACCACUCUAUCAUCUUGUGGGAUUGGAGGAAGGGCGAGAAGCUGGCCACUGCAAGGGGACACAAAGACAAGCUGUUUGUGGUGAAGUGUAAUCCUAUCCUCAUGGACAAGCUGGUCACAGUGGGAAUCAAACACAUCAAGUUCUGGCAGCAUACAGGUGGAGGCCUUAUGUUCCAGCGAGGCGUCUUUGGGAACCUGGGGAAGCUGGAGACAAUGAUGUCGGUGUGUUACGGUCGGACAGACGAGCUGGUAUUCUCUGGAGCCGCCACGGGGGACAUAUAUGUCUGGAAGGAGCCUGUGCUGCUGAAGACCAUCAAGGCCCACGACGGACCUGUGUUCGCCAUGUUCUCCCUGGACAAGGGCUUUGUGACAGGUGGGAAGGACGGGAUGGUGGAGCUGUGGGACGACAUGUUUGAGAGAUGCCUGAAGACCUACGCCAUCAAGAGAGCAGCCCUCUCCCCGGGAUCUAAAGGGCUGCUCUUGGAGGACAACCCCUCCAUUCGUGCCAUAACUCUGGGACACGGACACAUCCUGGUGGGAACCAAGAAUGGAGAAAUACUUGAAAUAGACAAGAGUGGACCCAUGACCCUGCUAGUCCAGUGUGGUCACAUGGACGGCGAGGUGUGGGGUCUUGCUGCUCACCCCCUGCUCCCCAUAUGUGCCACAGUGAGUGACGACAAAACCCUGCGGAUAUGGGAGCUCUUCACCAUCCACCGCAUGGUAGCCGUUCGCAAACUUAAAAAAGGUGGAAGAUGCUGUGCCUUCUCCCCUGAUGGGAAGGCCUUAGCGGUGGGCCUCAAUGAUGGUAGUUUCCUGGUGGUGAACUCUGACACCCUGGAGGACCUGGUGUCCUUCCAUCACAGGAAGGAGUCUAUUUCUGACGUCAGGUUUUCACAAGACGCUGGUAAAUACCUCGCUGUAGCCUCUCAUGAUAACUUUGUGGAUAUCUACAAUGUGCUGUCCAGCAAGAGGGUGGGAAUCUGUAAAGGAGCUUCAAGCUAUAUCACUCAUAUAGACUGGGACUCUCGUGGUAAAUUGCUGCAAGUAAAUUCAGGUGCCAAAGAGCAAUUAUUCUUCGAAGCCCCAAGAGGGAAGAGACAAACCAUAAGAAAUUCUGAGAUAGAGAAGAUGGAGUGGGCUACCUGGACAUGUGUCCUAGGCCCCACCUGUGAGGGGAUCUGGCCCACCCACAGUGACAUCACAGACGUCAAUGCCGCCUCGCUCACCAAAGACAAGAAGCUGCUCGCCACUGGAGACGACUUUGGCUUCCUCAAGCUCUUCAGCUAUCCAGCCAGGGGUCAAUAUGCCCGCUUCAAGAAGUAUGUGGGCCACAGUGCCCAUGUAACUAACGUGCGAUGGGCACAAGAUGACGCCACGCUACUGACGCUGGGCGGAGCUGACACAGCACUGAUGAUUUGGAGCCUGGAGAGAACCGGAGAGGGUCACAGGGAGAACCCUGUGGACAGCGAGGAGUCAGACGAUGACAUUGAGGAGGACGGAGGGUAUGACAGUGAUGUGGCAAGGGAGAACAGCAUCGACUACACCACUAAGAUCUAUGCUGUCAGCAUCCGGGGUAUGUGUGGCAUCAAACCCCACCAGCAACUGAAGGAGGUGUCACCAGAGGAAAGGCAGGGCAUUGUCAAGGGAUCCAGGCCUCCUGUUAGCCGAGCUGCUCCCCAACCAGAGAAGCUGCAGAAGAACAACAUCACCAAAAAGAAGAAGCUUGUCGAGGACCUGGUGCUGGACCACGUGUUUGGGUUCAGGGGCUUCGAUUGUCGUAACAACCUUCACUACCUCAACGACGGCGCCGACAUCGUCUUCCACACAGCAGCCACGGCCAUGGUGCACAGCCUCUCCACCGGGACUCAGAGUUUCUACUUGGAACAUACAGACGACAUCCUCUGUUUGACCAUCAAUCAACAUCCUAAAUACAAAAAUGUAAUCGCUACAGGACAGAUUGGUGAAGUGACAGACUUGCCAGGCACCACCCCCUCCAUCCACGUGUGGGACGCCAUGAGUAAACAGACGCUGUCCAUCCUGCGCUGCUCUCACGCCAAGGGGGUGGCCUACGUCAACUUCAGCGCCACGGGAAAGCUGCUGCUCUCUGUGGGGGUGGAGCCUGAACACACCAUCACUGUUUGGAGCUGGCAGGAAGGUGCUAAAGUGACCAGUAAAGGUGGCCAUCCAGACAGGAUCUUCGUAGUGGAGUUCCGGCCAGACUCGGACUCUCAGUUUGUGUCUGUUGGGAUCAAGCACAUCAAGUUCUGGACGCUGGCUGGAGGCUCUCUCAUGUAUAAGAAGGGAGUGGUGGGCUCAGUGGAGGGCGGCAGGAUGCAGACCAUGCUUUCUGUGGCCUUCGGUGCGAAUAACCUAACAUUCACGGGUGCCAUAAACGGGGAUGUGUACGUAUGGAAAGACCACUUCCUGCUUCGUGUCGUGGCUAAAGCCCACACCGGGCCAGUGUUCACCAUGUACACCACACUGAGGGACGGCCUCAUCGUCACAGGGGGCAAGGAGAGGCCUACAAAGGAGGGCGGUGCAGUGAAACUGUGGGACCAGGAGAUGAAGCGUUGCCGAGCGUUCCAGCUGGAGACGGGCCAAAUUGUUGAGUGUGUGAGGUCCGUUUGUCGGGGAAAGGGUAAGAUUUUGGUAGGUACAAAGGAUGGUGAGAUCAUUGAGGUGGGAGAGAAGAACGCUGCGUCCAACAUUCUGAUCAACGGUCACAUGCAGGGGGAGAUCUGGGGCCUGGCCACCCACCCCUCUAAAGACCUGUUCAUCUCCGCCAGCGACGAUUGCACCAUCCGCAUAUGGGACCUGGCCGACAAGAAACUGCUGAACAAGGUGAGCCUGGGCCACCCAGCCAAGUGUGCCAGCUACAGUCCUGAUGGGGAGAUGGUGUCUGUGGGCAUGAAGAAUGGAGAGUUCAUCAUCCUCCUCACCAACUCACUCAAGAUGUGGGGCAAGAAACGAGACCGCAGUGCUGCCAUACAGGACAUCAGGUUCAGUCCAGACAAACACCUCCUGGCAGUGGGCUCAGUGGAGAGUACGGUUGACUUGUAUGACCUUACAUUGGGCCCCACACUCAACCGCGUGGGUUACUGUAAGGACAUCUCCAGUUUUGUUAUCCAGAUGGACUUCUCUGCCGACAGCAGGUUCAUCGAGGUGUCCACAGGAAACUAUAAGCGCCAGGUGCAUGAGAUGCCUUCUGGGAAAAUGGUGGCAGAACAGAGUGUGAUUGACAGGAUCACCUGGGCCACCUGGACCAGUAUCCUGGGAGAUGAGGUGCUCGGGAUCUGGCCACGAAAUGCUGAUAAGGCUGACGUCAACUGUGCCUGUGUCUCCCAUGCUGGCCUCAACGUGGUCACCGGGGACGACUUUGGACUGGUCAAGCUCUUCGACUUCCCCUGCACUGAGAAGUUUACCAAACACAAGCGUUACUUUGGGCACUCGGCACAUGUGACCAACAUUCGCUUCUCCUAUGAUGAUAAAUAUGUGAUCAGCACUGGAGGAGACGACUGCAGUGUCUUUGUGUGGAAAUGCCUGUAAUCCAGAGCCUUUUCUCCACAACUAUCCACUAUCAUGCACCAAGACUCCUUAGCCCACCGCAGUAGGUCUUGGAUUCCGAAAUGCAGCCAGGAUCCCAACACCUCAAGUGUCUGGCAACUGUCUCCCCAUCCUGAGAACAACACCCGGGGAUUGGCAAUACGCUAAUCACUAUAAUAUUAGUUCAAGUCUAAGCAUUAGGCAGAGCAGGUAGCUCCUUUUCUAACAGGUAACCACUUUGAAGUAGAUUUUUUGCCACUAGAAAAUGUUUGAUUUUCUGGCCUAACAAGAAAUGACAGUGUUUACAUUCACAUCUGCUUUCAAUGAAGGACACAUGAAAGCAGGUUGCCACGCCAGCUAUUGAUUUAUAUUUAAGUCUUGAUAAUGUCCAGGAUUCAAUCAAAAAGCACAUUGUUGACAAUGCAGCUUUUAAAGGCAAUGAUCCCGCGUUUGCGGAGAUUGCAUGCACAGUAAAUGCUGCAGAUGUCAGCUCAAUCGCAAAUUACCUUUAAAUGACGCAUUGUCGACAGCGCUCCACGGAUUAGGGGCUCUAUUCAAUUAGUAUUGUGGAAGUUCAGCGGUAAAACCCAAUUUGUAAUUUAAAGGCAAUGUUCCCGCGUUGGCGGAGACUGCAUUCACAGUAAACGCUGCAUAUGUCGGCUCAAUCUGAAAUUACCUUAAUUUCUAUUGUGCAAUCUGUAUCGCUUCAGCGAUAGAUGGAAUAGAGCCCUAAAUCCUAGCCAGUGUAGAGGAGAAAAACCCCCCAUAACUCAUUUGAAAGUAUUAAUAUCCUUAAGUGCCUUUAUGAAUAUUUCUAUUUGUGUUAUAUUUUUUUGCAGUUUCACGAUGAAAUUAUUUUGUACACCUCUGGUGCUAUUAUAUUGUAAAGUUUAUCAUUCAAUACACAGAAAGGGGCAUUGGUUUGCUGCUGUUUAUGCAUACAACAUCACGUAACGUGACAUAGUAAGUUAUAAUAGCUCUAUUGAAAAUAUUUAAAUGUUACUCCGUGAUCUGAUGAUCAAUUUUCAGCUUGUGAUAGUUACAAAAAUUGUAGAGAGCAUUCUUAAAUGCUUUUAACUAUUGUCAAAAUAUUACUUAAAUUUUGUGAAAUAUCUUGGUGAAACGUUCUUCCAUAUAACCAUUGUGAAAAGAUUAAACGAAAAUAAUGUUCAUAGAACUAGUACACUGAAGCAUUACUGUAUGUUUCAACAUUCACUUCCAGUAAGGGAUUUCAAUGGUACUUCAAGGGGUGGCUUAUAUUUAGAUUUGUCAUUUAGCAGAGCGACUUACAUUCAUCUUAAAAUAGUUAGGUGAGACGGCACAAUCAUAAUUUUUUUUCAAAGUAUUUAUCAAAGGUAAAGUGAAAUACAGUCUAGGAGACAGUGACCUGUCACACCAAAGUUGACUAUGCAGUCUUACUCAAGCCCUGGACCUGGUUUCCCAAAAGCAUCUGAAGGCUAAGAUGCCUUGGUCAUCUUUCCAUCCCUGUCUACUGUUGAACUCUUAGUGCUCUAGUUAAUAAGCAUCACGGAAGUUCCGUUUAACAGCGUGAAUGAAAUUUAAAGGCAAUGUUCCCGCUUUAGCGGAGACUGCAUUCAUGGUAAACGCUGCAUAUGUCAGCUCAGAAAUUACCUUCACAUUUCUAUUGCGGAAUCUGUAACACUUCAGCUUUACAGAAUGAAUAGUGCCCUUAGCCGUGUCGUCUUUAGCCUGUCAGUCUCACUAAUGUUUAGCUAGCAGUGUGGCAGCAAUAUCUGUUACUAUAUGUGCAUUCUUUAAGCAGUAUGGAUUCCUGUUUACGCAUUUUUAUUCAUUUAAUUUUUGUAAGACAGAUUGUCUAGAUAUCAUUAAUUUAUUUGUAUCAUAUUGUAAAUUACUAAAAUAUGCUCAAAUGCAUGAAUUUAUUUUUUAAUCAAAAUGACAUCUGUGGUGAGACAAGAUUUUAUUGUAUGAAUGACAAUGUUGUUUUAUACCUAUUUAUUGUGAGUGUAUAUGUGCAAAUACUAAGUGUAUGGAAAGAUAAAAUGAGAAUACCGAAUGUCAUUUGUUUCUUAAUGAAAGUUGAAUAGAUGGACCUCAAAGGUUUCAACUUAAACGUGGGUAUCAUUCAAGGC